CCAAACGCAGACGUCCGGGCUCCUGGGACGCGCUGCCCCGCGGGCCGCCCCGGGCCUGAUUCACAGCCUCAGACGGGUUAACGGGAUGCCAGGGCCCAGGGCGGACGGGGUCGCCCCGCGGGGCCACGGUCCGGGCAGCAGGGCCCCUGGUGGCAGGAGUGUUCCUGCACUGUCCAGCGCUCCUUGCCCGCCCUCAUCUCUCUAGGUGCUGGGGCUCCCCCAGCACCCCACACCUGGGGCAUGACCUGCGGCACACCCGAGACCCCCUCCUUUCCAGGCCCUGGGGGCCUUUGUCUGCCCCCUGGACAGGCAGGGUCAAGGUCACGGCCGGGGCUGCUGGGCCCAGGUCGUCAACUGCCUCUCCAGGUGCCAAACCCUGGUCCCUGAGCCGGAGCCCUGAGCCCACCAGGCCCGAGGCCGGGGUCCCGCCGGAGCCUCCCGGGCCCCCAUAACGGCGCGUUUCCUCCCCGCCGCCCCACCCCCUCUCCGUGACCCACAGCCCGGGGUGGCAGGGACACGGGGACUGGUCCGACGGCAUUCCGCCUCCUGGGGAUAAAACCUGGGGCGGCCUGCAGGUUGCUCCUCACACUCCGCCACCUGCCGCCCGCCCGCCACGGCCAGCACAGCCCCGGGUCCCUGGAGGCCACUGCCCCACUGCGCCCCACCCCCGCCGCCAUGGUGGUUUCCAGAUGCCCCCCGGCGCUGGGCGGGGGCUGCCUCGGGAUCUUAGCCUCGCUGCUGCUUCUGGCCUCCUCGGCUGCUCUUGAUGUUGCCAAGACACCUGCGCCCCCAGCCUGCGGGAAGCCCCAGCGGCUGAACCGGAUCGUGGGGGGCGAGGGCAGCGCGGACGCCGAGUGGCCGUGGGUGGUGAGCAUCCGGAAGAACGGCACCCACCACUGCGCGGGCGCCCUGCUCACCAGCCGCUGGGUGGUCACGGCCGCCCACUGCUUCAAGGGCAGCCUGAACCAGCCGUCCCAGUACUCCGUGCUGCUGGGGGCCUGGCAGCUGGGGGACCCCGGCCCCCGGGCCCAGGAGGUGGGCGUGGCCUGGGCGCGCCCCCACCCCGCCUACUCCUGGAGGGAGGGCGCCGGCGCCGACGUCGCCCUGGUGCGCCUGGGGCGCCCCGUCCUGUUCUCCGAGCGGGUCCUGCCCAUCUGCCUGCCCGACGCCUCCGUCCACGUCUCUGCCAACACCGAGUGCUGGAUCGCGGGCUGGGGCAGCGUCCGCGACGGGGUGCCCCUGCCACACCCUCAGACCCUGCAGAAGUUGAAGGUCCCCAUCAUCGACUUGGAAAUCUGCAGCCACCUGUACUGGCGGGGAGCUGGGCAGGGAGCCAUCACCGAGGACAUGCUGUGUGCCGGCUACCUGGAAGGGGAGCGGGAUGCCUGUCUGGGCGACUCCGGGGGCCCCCUGAUGUGCCAGGUCGACGGGGCCUGGCUGCUGGCGGGCAUCAUCAGCUGGGGCGAGGGCUGUGCGGAGCGGAACCGCCCGGGCGUCUACAUCAGCCUCGCCGCCCACCGCCCCUGGAUCCAGAGGAUCGUGCAAGGGGUGCAGCUCCUCGGGCACUCGCCGGGGAGCGGGGCGAGAGCGCCGAGGAGGGCCUCCGGGGGCGCCGCGCUCUCCCAGGGCCAGCCAAGGACGCCUGAUUUGGGGGUCCCGGAGACCCGACCGCCAGGGGCGCCCCACCGGCGGGACCACGUGUCGAUUCCUCAGUUGUAAAGCCGCCGUCUACCUCCGGGGGGCGCCCGAGACCUGGCGCGGGAAGGCUUCCCGCGGAGAGGCGGUGGCCCCGCCCCCGCCCCGCCCCACGGCCUCAGGCUCCGCCCCCGGGGCGGGAAGCGCCUCUGCGUGCCUAUUAUCUGCAUGUGUAUAUAUAUGUGUGUGUGUGUUAAUUUUUAUAGUUAUUUGUAAUCCCUCCCACUUAUUUAUUCCUCCACUUUCAAUAAAUUAUUUACUGCCCCGUC